AGGGAGGACACCCGCGUGCCGGUCUGUCCAGUGGCGGGGUCCUUGGCCAGCUAUAUGGUGACCAGAGCGGAGACGCAGAAAUGCUCGGACUUCUGGAUUUAUUUGGAGACGGGCACGUCCCCGCAGGAGCACCGCAUGGCUGACAGAGUGCCGCAGCCUGCAGACAACCUGCUUGGCCUGGAGGAUGCAGAGAGAGUGCCACCACCCGUGAGGAGGAACAAAUAUGGGGACGUCGUGGAGUAGCCAGGAGCACAGUGUGCUAUGCCCACAUCCUGCAGCUGCUGCCCUCAACCCUUCUGUUUGCUUGCUGUGCCCCUGCAGUGUGGGAGACAUCUGCAGUGCUGCAGGGGAGCUCAGAGGGGUCCCCAGCAAUUCUGUGUGAGCACCCAAUAAAAGUCCCGAGCUGAAUGCA